AAGCUGCUUUGGGAUGCACCUGUCCAAUUGUAAACUAGCUUGAAGGAAUGGCAGCCAUUACAAUGCAGCGGAUUCGGCCGUUCGCUGGCGUGACGACCACAUUUCCUUGCCGCACCCGCAUAGUAACACGUGCUCAGCUUAUAACAAAGCGGAAAUGCACUUCAAAUGAUAAAAUUGACAAGGCAUGGGCUGCAUCCUUUGGCGAAAAGCUCAGCAUGGCCAUUCCACUCUCGCUUGGGGCGUUGGCCGUGGCAGCACCGCGUGCUAUGUCUGAAGACUUAGCGACUAUGCCAACCAGCUCACCUGCAGCUACGGAUGAUGCGCUAUUGCUAGCUUUAAGUACCCCCAGCGGCAGCAUCGAGGAGCUCAUCGUGCCGCUGCUUUUUGGAGUUGUGGCACUUCUCCUAACCGUCGUAACUGGAGGGGCGGUUGAUUUCGGAGCCGUACAAGUCGGGUUCCUCGGAGGGUCGCUCCCGACUGGCAGCUCUCCUCAAGCCCAUCAUGUGGCGCAACAGCAAGGCGGUGCAGGCGCUAGAUCACCCUCUGCCGCCGCGGACACUGCAGGAAGCACACCUGCGGUUCUCCGCGGCAGAGGAGGCCUUCUAUGACGUCAUUCUUGGGGAGACGCGCCGGGCCUUCGAUGAGAUGACCUCACACCAGCGCCAACAGCAGCAGCAACAACAACAAGAUCAAGAGCAGCAGCAACAAGACCAACAAGAUCAAGAGCAGCAACAGCAACAACAAGGUAGCCAGCAGCAGCAGCAGCGGCCUGCAGACGGCCCCGUUGACCUCACGGGAGACGAUGACCCGGUUUACCAGGGUCGGGACGGGGGGCAUGCACACGCUACCCACGCUAACGGCACUGCUGCUGCUGCCGGGGCGGAGAAGAAGAAGCACCCGCGGACAACCAACAGGCGCCGUCGAGACCGCGGUGCCGAGCUGGUCCAGGAGGCUCACGGCGAGCUGCACCAACUGCGACUAGCCUGUGUGCACCCCAAGCUAACCCGCUACUGGCGACAGAUGGCCUCGGAG